CGCAGUCUGGGAGUAUUAUUAGCAAAUGUCGAGCACAGUAGAUGGAGGGAAGCGGACUGUGUCCAAACUGGGCGGCCCGCUUCACGCAAGACGAUCAUGCGGUGGAUGGGCUAGAACGAGGAGAGGCGCGGCGGCAGGAGAGAGAGGCGAGAUACAGACGGAGAUGUGAGAAUGAGUUAAACCAAAGAUCGAACCAACCAAACCUUGAACUUGAACCAUCGAUCUGAUCGGGGUCCGUGGGUUGGGACCGAGGGGGAGGUGUGGAGGACGAAACAACCGCACAUGGAUGGCAGAAACAUGGCAGAAAAUUGUUUCAACAGUGGAGGAGGAGAUGCGAAAGUGAGAGAAAGUAUUUAAUGGUAGGGGCAUUUUCUCUAAUUGGUGAGGAGGAGGGGUCUCCAAGAAGGAGGGGACGAGAAGCGUAGUCAGAGAGUCGAGAGUGCCUCUCCAUUGGAAUGAGGGCACUUUGGCACGCAUGCACCAAAGGAGGAGGAAAAGGUGCUUUGCCUGAGGAGAAAAACAAGCUUCUCCCGCUGCAACAACCACAGCUCCAGCACCAGCUGUCGCAGCAGCAGCUCCUGGUUGCUCCCACUUCUCUGGUCAAGGUCGAGAGCGCAAUGAUUCUACUUCCGGGAGCCUCGAGGGUGUUGCAACAGGUUCUUCUCUCUCGCCUCCGAUCUACAGAGAAGCCCUUGGAGGUGGACUUCCAUUUGACGGAGUUUGAUGAUGUUCGCUACCAUAUUAAGGCAUCAGCGAAGGAGCCGAAGCAAGUCCUUCUUUCGAUCUCUCUUCCACAGUCACCUCCAGAGACUGUUCUGUCCGCGGGCCUACCUUUUGGCGCUAUAGAAGCUGUCAAAGGAGCAUUCGGGUCUGUGUCACAAGUGGUGGACCCACCUGAAAACGAUUAUCAUCUUACUUUGAACGUGGACGUGGGGAGCUUUCCUACUGAUGAAGGUCUCGCGGAUCAACUCAUCACGAAGCUUGCAUCUCUGCGCUCUGUUGUUCUUGGAGCACCAUUAAGAGAGAUAUUAAAGCAUCUGGCCACCAAGACAGUUGCUCCAGAUGCCGAUCGCCUUGUGGCUCUUAUGCACAGGCCAAGGGAGUCAUAUUUUGUUAUACCCCAGGCUGAGAAAGUAACUGUCGUCUUUCCUAUGCGGUUCAAAGACAGUAAUGACGUUAUUUUGGGCACCUCCUUUCUGCAGGAAUUCAUGGAAGCAAGACGGUCGCCAGGCCUGAGUACAGCACCCCCCUGUGUCUGGUCACCUAGUCCUCCUCUAGAACUUAAAGGAGCACCUGGACAAGCACUUGAUGCCAACGCUGGUUUUGUCUCUUUUGUUAUAUUCCCUCGGCAUGUGGAAGGCGAUAAGUUGGACAAAUCAGUCUGGAUCUUAUCCACGUUUUACGCCUACGUCAGUUAUCACAUCAAGUGCUCAAAGGCUUUCAUGCAUACCAGGAUGCGAAGGCGAGUGGAGACACUUAUACAGGUCCUGAAUCGAGCAAAGCCUGAAGUUGAGAAGGAGAAGAAGAGUAUGUCUGGAAGAAGCUUUAAACGUGCAGUAUAACUGUACAACUUUAUUGUGCCUUAAGCUUCUGAAAGCUACGAAUAUUAACUUGAUCGGGCUCUGCAAAUUACUGAUUACAAUUCAUGUAUUAUGAGUCGUCCAUUUGUUUUUCCAGGCAAAAACGCCCAUGAAAAGAUACUAAGGAGCAGGGAGUUCGGUGGGUCCUAAGCUGUAGCGAAUCUAGUCCUGUCCCGUAUCAAUAUUAAUCAAUGGCGGAAGGAGACUUCCAUAGUAGGAGUAGAAAGUUUUGAAAUGUACAAGAGGCUUUGUGAGAAUUGAUGGGAGCAACUUACUGACAAAUUUUCUCAGACUGUGAAUACUGAGCAACUACCAUCCUCCAACGUGCGAUCCCGCGUCUUGAUUUUCCUCUUCUGUACACCUGUAAGUUUGUGUGUAAAGACCUUGGACUUUGGGUAUAUUCUAUAUUCUUGACUUCGACGCAGCAGGACUGAAAAGCCUCUCACCAACUUUCACUUCAAUCUUGUGUGACGAAGACGGAUCGAGACGACACUAGUCUGUCAGUGUCGAAUAUUUGAGUUUUGUAGGUCUCUCAAGAGGGCUUUCUGGCGGGCCAAUAAUUAGAUCUCACCCCCUUUCAUGAUAAAUUGCCUCUGGAUCUGCGUUUUUUUUCUCUUGUCUGUGUAAUAUACUAUUCCAGCUAGAAUGAUACAUACCAGCUUGACGAGAGUAACUCGAAGACUUUUGUAAUUUUGUUUUAACUCGUUGGACUCGGUUGCGUGUAAGUUUAGUUGUAACAGCUGAGGACUAAGCUGGAAGAUUUGCAAAGCCUUCCAGUACAUGUGUAGACGGGAUUGCAGCGC